AUGUCAUCGGGCGGAGCAGGAGAGGAGGGCGGGUCGAGUGAAGAGGACUACCAGGAAUGUUAGUGUGAGCGGAGGCGGCGGCGGCGCACCUGGGAAAUUACAAGAAGAAGAACCCCGAGCUGUUGCGUUUUUAAUGGAAGUCGUUCCGACGAAGACCAUGCACUGAGUUUGAACUGCGGAUCGAAGCAGAGAAAAAUGUACACUACAGAGCGCAGGCGAAUGAGCCUGCACGAGCUGAAGAGGAAAGAUCCAGUUUGGGUGUCCGCGGGAAGUUUGUGGCAGGACGCUCUGGCGAUAGAGCUGAGCGCCAGCAGCUCGGGUAAACAGAUCGUAUCUCCUCGGAGUCGGACCAGAGCUGUAUCCGUGGCAUAUAUUGUGAACGAGGACGCGUCCGUGCCGCAGACUGAGGAGAACUUAUCGCUGAAAUGUCUGAAGGAAGCCUGCGCGGACGUGCACGCCGUGUUCAAAAGCAUUUCAUUUGAUAGAAUAUCACUGGGGACCACUGACAUCCUGGAUAGUUUCUACAAUGCAGAUGUGGCAGUGGUUGAGAUGAGUGACACUUUCUGCCAGCCUUCCCUCUUCUAUCACCUCGGAGUGAGAGAAAGUUUCAGCAUGACCAAUAACAUUAUUCUGUACUGUUACAAGCAAGAUAGUGAUCUGCAGGCUACCAAGGAGCAGUGUGGAAGUUACACAUUCAUCCCUUAUGUAGUGUCGCCUCAAGGCAAAGUGUUUGCCUGUGAUGCCACAAUAAUGACUGGUAUCAAAGAGUUGAUGCAGCCUAGUUUCCAGCUGGAGCCUCUGCUUACUCCGCUGGUGGAAAGACUGGUGCAUCUGCUGAGCAAUGUACACAUCCAGUCCAGUGAGUACUUCCGGGAGUCAAUCAGGCAUGAGAUUCGUAUGGCACGGGAGCGAUUCAGCGGCCAAGCCCUGAGUGAAGAGCUGAGCCACAUCCAGAAACGCCUGGACAGUGUAGAGCUGCUCACCCCGGAUAUAGUUAUGAAUCUGAUACUGUCCUACAGGGACAUUCAGGACUACGAUGCCAUAAUCAAACUGGUGGAGACUCUGAACCACCUCCCCAUGUGUUUGGUAGCAAGACAUCAGAAUAUCCAGUUUCACUACAUAUUUGCCCUUAACAGGAGGAAUCAACCUGGAGAUCGCACCAAGGCUUUGGAGGCAAUUUUGCCUAUUGUGGAGACGGGGCACAAGGUAGCAUCAGAUGUCUACUGCCUGUGUGGACGGAUCUACAAAGACAUGUUCAUGAGCUCUGGGUUCACUGAUCACUACAGCAGAGAUCAGGCCUGCUAUUGGUAUGGAAAAGCUUUUGAGACAGAGCCAACUCUUCACUCUGGUAUCAAUAAUGUUGUCCUCCUGAUGGCAGCUGGCCAUGAGUUUGACACUUCUAUUGAGCUGCGCAAACUAGGUGUGACUCUAAGCACCCUGCUUGGUAGGAAGGGUAGCCUGGAGAAGAUGAGGGACUACUGGGAUGUCGGCUUCUUCCUCGGAGCAAACAUUUUAGCUAACGAACACAGGAAAGUCAUUGAGGCCUCUGAGAAACUCUACAGGCUCAAGGCUCCUAUCUGGUAUGUGGCAUCCAUUAUGGAAACGUAUAUCCUGUACCGUCAGUUUGCCAAACUGCCUGAGGUGGCGUCUCUUAAACAGGACACCGUGGACUUCUGGAUGGAGCUGCUAUUGCAGACCUGUAAACCCACCGUCUCCACAGACCGCUGCCCAGUGCUCAUUCUGGAGCCCAGUAAAGUCUUUCAACCAGCUAUUGUGUGUGUGAGUGAGGAGGACGAAAGUCGCACUGUCCAGUUGAAGCACGUCACGCCCUUAAAGAAAGGCUUACACCAGUGGACUUUCCCAGCCUCUGAAAUCCGUGGUGUGAGUGCUUCAAAGAUUGAUGAGCGGAGCUGCUUCCUAUACGUCCACUAUAACUCAGAUGAUUUCCAGCUCUGCUUCCCCUCUGAGCUUCACUGUCAAGGUUUCUGCGAGCUGGUGAACUCUCUGCUUCAGCAGGCUGAAGACUCUGCUCAGGACCUGGAACAUCUAACUGGAGGAAUAUUAGAGUACAUCUACGAGACAAAUGAGAAUGGCGACAAGGUGGUUUUGGGUAAAGGAACAUAUGGGGUGGUCUACGCCGGUAGGGACCUGAGCAACCAAGUACGAAUCGCCAUCAAAGAGAUCCCCGAGAAGGACAGCACGUACUCCCAGCCUCUUCAUGAGGAGAUAGCUCUGCACAAGAGGCUAAAACACAGGAAUAUUGUCCAGUACCUGGGCUCUGUCAGUCAGGAUGGUUUCAUUAAGAUCUUCAUGGAGGAAGUUCCAGGAGGCAGUUUGUCAUCCCUCCUGCGCUCCAAAUGGGGUCCUCUGAAAGACAAUGAAGCCACCAUCAUCUUCUACACCAAACAGAUCCUUGAGGGGCUCAAAUACCUUCAUGACAAUCAGAUAGUCCACAGAGACAUUAAGGGCGACAAUGUAUUGAUCAACACAUAUAGUGGAGUCCUGAAGAUCUCUGACUUUGGAACCUCCAAACGGUUAGCAGGGAUUAACCCUUGUACUGAGACCUUCACUGGAACUCUCCAGUAUAUGGCCCCAGAGAUUAUAGACCAAGGGCCUCGGGGUUAUGGGAAGCCGGCUGAUAUCUGGUCCCUAGGGUGCACUAUUAUAGAAAUGGCAACAGGCAAAACACCCUUCCAUGAGCUGGGAAGUCCUCAGGCAGCUAUGUUCAAGGUGGGCAUGUUUAAGAUCCACCCCAGAGUUCCAGAGUGCAUGUCAGAAGAAGCGAAGGGCUUCAUCAUGAACUGUUUCGUGCCAAACCCGGAUGACAGAGCCACAGCGGCAGAGCUGCUGAUGGACACCUUCCUCAGGUCGUCUCCCAAGAAGAAGGCCAAGGCUCCGCAGGAAUCAGAACCUAAAGACUCCCUUUCUGCAGACUAUCAACGCAGCCUGUCUGUGCCUAUCUCCAUCCAUGUGGAGGACGCUGAUUCAUACUCGGAUUCAAUUGACCUGUCCUGCUCCCUGGACUUCAGGAGGCCUCAGUCCGCCUGUUUAGGAAUUGAAGUCUCAGAGAACCCACCUAGCACCAGCAGCUUCCUGCUAAUACCAGAGGACUCUCCCUCAGAAAUGAGCAGUCCAGCCGCAACAGAGGAGAACAUUGGCCUUUUUAUGCUGAGAAAGGACAGUGAGAGGAGAGCCACCCUGCACCGGGUCCUCACUGAUUAUAUCAGUCAUGUCAUCUCUAAUUUACAGGAGUCGGUGCCUCAGUACGGCAAGGGAUCAUCGCUCACUGCAGACCACAUCACCAAGCUCAUCUGUUGCUUGCGAGACAACAUCCGCUCCCCGGAUAGGAAGCAGCUGACCAGUGAGCUGCUGGACCUCCGAGCCAUUCUGCUUGCUGCCUCAGUGCCUAUGAACAGCCUGCAGGCAGUGCUGUUCAGCUUUCAAGAUGCAGUGAAGAGGGUGUUAAAGCAACAGCGAGUGAAACCUCAUUGGAUGUUUGCUCUGGACAAUCUGCUGAGACAGGCAGUACAGGAAGCCAUCACUGUGCUCCUACCAGAGCUGAAACUCCAGCUGCAGUCCUCAUUCGAGAUUGACGACAGCAUGCCCGAGGAGCAGUCUGCUGACCCAGACACUCCUGUGGUUCCUGUGUCUGACCAGCUGGGGGCGCCAGCAGACCUACAGCAGGCUGAAUCCACAAACGAGAUCACGCCUACAGCUGACCCCCAAUCUCCUACAGACCUUGUCCUCAAUACCAGCUGUCCCCUCAGUGAGAAACUGAGAGAUCUACGACUAGAGACCAGAAGACUGCUGAGUCAGCUGAAUGAGAAGGAGAGAGAGUACCAGGAGCUACUGAGGACCUCUGUCCAGAGGAAACAGGAACAGAUAGAUGCAUUGAGGAAAGCAGCCGACACUGAAGAUGGUGAGCUAGCUUCACAGAAAAGCUCUAACCCAGAGGUGAAGGCUUUGGUGCGCUGGCUCAAGUCUAUCCCUAUAGAUCAAGACACCAUUGAUAAGUUGCUCUCUCAUGACUUCACCUUGGACUGUCUCCUCUACAUGGCCUCCAGAGAUGAUUUGAUAUAUUGUGGUAUAAGAGGCGGCAUGCUGUGUCGAAUCUGGGCAGCCAUCACAGCUCGCAGGAAGACACAGCUCAGCACGCACAAUGAGGACAGCGAGGACACUCUUCUUUAAUGGCUGCUGAUGUUGUACAUCAAAGGACAGAUUUAUUGACAGGCUGGUCCUGUGUUAUCUGGAGGAGGAGAGGCAGUGGUGAACAUAACUGACUUGCAGGGAACUGAUGUAAAGCAGAAUAGAUUUUGAACUUUGCUUAACUGUGAAUGUAUUUUUUUGUAAAGAUACUGACCACUUCUUCCAGUUUUUGUCUUCACUUUAAAGCUAGAUCUUGCCAGCAUUAUUUUUUUUUACCUUUUCUCAGGGCUUUGGCAAGGGGGACUAUAAUAAUGCCUUUAUAAAAAGCUGCCUAGUGGAGUAUUGAUUUGUCUGCAAACAAAGUAGUUGUGAUGCCUUUUGAUGACUCCGUUUUUUAGAAAACUUAGCAGAAUGUAAGUUAUUAAGGGUGUGCUGUAUUUAUACUUAAUGUCUCUGCAUUCUUGGGAGAAUUAUUUCUACUAUAUAUCCUGUUAAAACUCAGUCACGUAAUAAACGGGACCUUUGAACCUCUCAGCCUGCCUUGUUAGCCGCAUGCAACCAAUUUGUUUGCAACAGGGAGAGAGGGGUUUUGUGAGGGAGUGACAUAGGCUGGAAGAAGUGAUGAGGUGGUGAACAGUCUUUAAAUUCCACAUGUGUUUCCUCAUCUGUUUUCACAAUGUUGACAUCUCCUUAGAAACAGUGUCAUGGACUUUGCGUGUAUGUCUGUGUCUCAGUCUGUUUUAUGUGUAGGUUUUAUUGUUAAGCUACUUUUCUGAGUAGGUCUACUGUUUUGGAUUUUUUUUUUUUUUUUUUUUUUUCUGAUAAAUCAUUUUGUCUGGUCCUCACCUCUGCAAGGUAGGAGAGAGGUGUUAAAAUUUGGAUUUAGACUUUGAAGUUGGGUUUGAGUAAUAUUAGAAAUGGAAAUACAAGGAGGAAGGCAAAAGUUAGGAUCAGAAUAUUAUGGAAUUAAUGUCAUAGGUGAAAACUUCUCACAAGUAUAAGAAGACAUUUGAGCAUACAUCUGAUUUGUUUUUUCCUUUUUCCUUUCCUUGUUAUUUCCUUGUAUUCUCAGUGUCAUCAGAUCAAAGGAUGUUCAUUAUUUUGAUAAGUUGCACAGAGACUUGUUAAAUGCCAUAUGCAUGUCAGCUCCAGUGCUCUGUCAACAGGGAUAUGACUUCAUUAAGAGACUGGGCUUGGCUCCUAACUAGGGCACUCACUGAUAUAAGUAAUGCCUUAUUCAGUAUUUGGUUUUGAACAAUUGGCUGUAACUGUAAUAGCAACAGAUGUGUUCAUAUUGCUUUUCCAUGGCCUUCUGUGACCCUGCCUGUGGUGUGUGUGUGUGUGUGUGUGUAUAUAUGUAUGUAUGUAUGUACAUACACAUAUAUACACACAACAGCAACCCCUUCUGUAACAUUUCCCCUUCCUUCAUCUUUAUCAUUCAGCAUCAUAAUGUCCAGAAAAACUUUCCAUCCCCUGAUUAGGCCUCAGUGAAAAUCACAGUCUUUGAUUUAUCUCCACAAUCAGAUCAGAAGGUAGAAGGCCAAUAAAUCAAACUAGACAUCUUCCUCCUCUGUCCUUGGAUAGUGUCAGAAGGAAAAUGAAUACUCAGAUUUUAUCAACCAAAUUCAAUUUGGUGUCAUCCUGUCCUCUCAUUCCACUCCCCUGCUCCCCUAUUAUUUGUGGAAUAAAUUAGUAUUGUGAUAAAUACACACAGAAACAUUCUCUUGAUAUUUGAUAUAUAUAAAAAGCUGCCCCGUCUACCCAAUGAGAGCUACAUUCUCACAGGUUUUCUAUCUAACCUACAGCAGAUACUGUCACUGAUUACUUCCUCCUCUGAUUAAAGCUGCUGAUAAAUGAGAUUGUAGUACUGUUUGGCUGAACUGAACUGUGUCAAUGUGGCUCUCUGUUUCUUUAAUGUAAACUGACAUAAAGUAGCUGUUUGACAAACUAAUGCUAGUGUGCCACAUUUUCUGAGUCACAGUGCCUUACAGCUACAACACAGGCAGCAGCUGUCACCGCAAACUCAUUUCUUAUUACAGAUAAUUGAAUGUAAUGUAAGUGCAACCCCGAGUCUCCCUUUUUCUAAUAAGCUUUGUAACACAAUAGCAUUACGACUGUCCAGCUAAUUUGAUGCAAACUGUUUGCUUUGAUCAGACAUAAUUGUGGAGUCAGUGUCAACUGGCCCAUGUGGGAGAAUUUAUCUGUUUACAGUGGAGAGAGCUAACAGUCAAGGUUACAGUUUCUUAUUGUUCACACUGACAAUAUCGCCUUUGUCCUGAAGCUUGCGUCUCUUUUCUUGUCAUCAGCAUGAUAGACUUUUUGUUUCUAGUUGCAAUCUCUAGUUCUCCUGUGGUGUGUAAGGAAAUCAUGUUGGUACUGUAGUAAAUUUUCCUCUGUU